UCACCAUAUAUACCCUGCUCCAAAUUGGACCUGAUAGCCCAUCUGACAUAUCUAAACCACCGCCAUCACCAUCACAAUAGCCAACGACAUCAUAAUAGCAGUUCCGGUGGACACCAUCACCACAAUAGCCACCAUAACCACCAUAAGAGGUCCGGACACAACUCAAGCGCCCAGUCGGCAGCGGCGGCCACUGCGGCCAGUCUACUGCACCGGCAUCACAACGGCUCGUCCAUUAGUAUUACCAACGCGAACAACCCACGGGAUGUGGUGGUGGUGAGGGUAUUACCAGCCCAAGGAUGUAGAGGCCACACGCUAGCGGGUACGGGAUCAUCCCUGUCCCUGUCAGCCACGUCAGCGGCAUUACACUCGAACAAUAACAUGUCGACCACCAGUUCCUCAUCGCCUCAAUCGGCCGAUUACUACACCGAAAGCUUACGGCGCCGUAAAGUACAUAAAUGCGAUUUCGACGGAUGCGAAAAGGUCUACACCAAGAGCUCCCACCUAAAAGCCCACAAACGUACCCACACCGGUGAGAAGCCAUACACGUGUACGUGGGAGGGCUGUACGUGGAAGUUCGCCCGUAGCGAUGAGCUGACCCGACAUUUCCGCAAACACACGGGUCAGAAGCCCUUCAAAUGCCAGUUGUGUCAGCGCUCGUUCUCCCGGUCCGACCACCUGUCCCUCCAUAUGAAGAGACACUGACCGACACACCCCUGAGCACCCACCUAUACAUCUCAUCGCCCGGACAUUACACCGUCGCGUCAAUUUCGCAGUCAUUUGUGUGAACAGAGAAAAGACUUAUUAUUUUGUUUGAUAUAUAAAUAUAUUUAGGAUUUAAUGGAAAGUUAUUUGUGAAGACAUUCUCUGGUAUUUCAUGAAGAAUACGAGGGAUCUGUGUGUGAACUACCAGUGCUGGGGGUCGGGUGCCCUCCUAUCAGCUUUGAUAUCAAUGAUUCAGACAUGAGCUCCCGAUCCACAAUCCCUGUCCACACAAAACACC